CUUUGGCCAUUUCAAAAAUGACAUCCGUCCACGUUGGGAUACUGCUGCUGGCCAGCUGCCUGGCCCUGCUACUGCCCGUACAGUCGGCGCCCGGCUACAUCAAUGGCCGCAUCGUUGGCGGCGUGGAUGCCACCAAGAACCAGUUCCCGCACCAGAUCUCCCUGAGGAACGGCGGCUCGCAUAGUUGCGGAGGCUCAAUCCUGUCGAGAACUUACAUCCUGACCGCUGCCCACUGUGUGACCAAUGAGGAUGCCGACGGAAAGUAUGUGGCUGUUGCCGCGGAGCGGCUUACCGUUCGCUCGGGCUCCAAUGAUCGAUUCAGCGGCGGAAUCCUUAGCCAGGUGGUCGAGGUAAUCUUCCACGAGAACUAUGGCAACUUCGAGAACGAUAUCGCCCUGCUGCGUCUCGAAGAGCCACUGAUCUACUCGGACAGCAUCCAACCGAUUGCUCUGCCCACCUUUGACACGCCCGCAGAUGUGGACAUUGUCAUUUCCGGCUGGGGCAGGCUCUGGCAUCUGGGCGACCUGCCGCGCUAUCUGCAGUACAACACCCUCAAGUCGAUCUCCACGGAGCGCUGUACUGAGCUGAUUGACUUUGGCUUUGCCGGCGAGCUGUGCCUCAUCCAUGAGGAGGACAAUGGUGCCUGCAACGGUGACUCUGGCGGUCCGGCUGUGUACAAUGGCGAGGUGGUGGGCAUUGCUGGCUUUGUCGUCGGCGGCUGUGGUUCCGGCUAUCCCGAUGGCUAUGCCAGGGUCUACUAUUUCAAGGACUGGAUCAGAAAGUAUGUCCAGGAUGUUUAAGGGAAGUAAAGAGAAUAUUUGUUUUUUUUUAUAGCUUUAAAAAAAUAAAUAAAUAAAUAUUAAAAGUU